AUGAUGUCAUGCGGUCGCUUGAUCCAGUUGGCAAUUUUGCUGGCGUUGUCCACGGCAACACACUGCGGCUUCCUUAAAGGCGGAUUCUUCCCAAUUCUUAAGCCAAGAGCAGCGCCGGAUGCCCCUGAUAGUUAUACCCCGGCUCGUGUCCCAUGCCCCAAGACACGGCCCGCAAUUCGGCAGGCAACGUCAUUGUCGACUGAAGAAACAUCAUGGCUGGAGCUUCGCGAUAAUAGCACUUUUCCGGCGUUGGAAGAAUUUCUUACCCGUGCAAAUAUCGGAGGCAUCGACAUUGAAGCAUACUUGAAUGGCAUUGUGAGCAAUGGCACGACGUUGCCACGAAUUGGCAUUGCUAUCUCCGGUGGAGGUUAUCGAGCCAUGAUAAACGGUGCUGGUGCCAUCGCUGCAUUUGACAACCGAACCACAGGGUCGACAGGUAAAGGCCAAUUGGGCGGUAUUCUCCAAGCUACAACCUACCUCAGCGGUCUAUCUGGAGGCAGCUGGGUGGUUGGAAGUCUGUAUGUACAGAACUUCACGACAGUGGAAUCUAUCAUUUGUGGUUCCAAUGCUUUCCUGGUUCCCUUUGGCAACUUGAUGAUUCAAUCUUUAAAGGUUUGUUGCAGCAUAGUUACUUAUUCAGGGCUCUUGCUUACUUUGAUAAAUACAGGCCCAAAUGAUCUAUCUGUAACGCGAUACUACCGUGAGCUAUACCAAGAUGUCCAAGGUAAAGUGGAGGCAGGUUACAACAAGUCCAUAACCGACUAUUGGGGAAGGUCCUUAUCUUAUCAACUUGUCAAUGCGAGCGAUGGAGGUCCAGCAUAUACCUUCUCAUCGAUUGCAAAUGAUACCGAGUUCGCGGCUGCGAGGGCGCCUAUGCCUCUUAUAGUUGCAGUAGAAAGAACAACGGGACAGCUUCAAAUAGCAAGCAAUUCCACUAUCAUAGAGUUCAAUCCGUGGGAAAUGGGAUCUUUCGACCCAGAGCUUGCCGCAUUUGCACCUCUGAAGUAUGUCGGCUCUGCCUUCCAGAACGGUACAAUCGGACGCAAUGGAGACUGUGUCGCUGGGGCCGACAACGCUGGUUUCGUUAUGGGCACCUCAGCAUCGCUUUUCAACCAGGCAUUCUUGCAGAUCCAAAAGGCCGACAAUGUUCCAGAGUUCCUGCUUAAGGCUAUAAAUAAUACUCUGGCGGAUAUUGGCGAGGAGAACAGGGAUAUUGCUAACUGGCCAAACCCAUUCUACAAGUAUAACCCUAAGAACAACUCAAACGCGGACAGCACCAUCCUUACCCUUGUCGACGGCGGUGAGGACCUACAGAAUGUUCCCUUCCAUCCAUUGCUCGUAUCUGAUCGGCAAGUCGAUGUCAUCUUCGCUAUCGACGGCUCGGCUGAUACCAAGACACGUUGGCCGAACGGCACAUCUCUGGUAGCCACAUAUGAGAGAUCUAAAGCAGGCGUCUCAACUCAAAACAACGAGUUUCCAAAGGUCCCAGACCAAAACACUUUCAUUAAUCUCGGUCUCAAUAAACAACCGACCUUUUUUGGUUGUGACACAGACUCUGGUAACUCGUCAGGGCCACUGAUUGUCUACCUUCCCAACGCACCAUAUUCAUAUGAGUCUAAUUUCACGACUUUCGACCUUGAAUACAGCGACAGUGAGAGAAAUCAGAUUCUUCGCAACGGUUAUAAUGUUGCAACUAUGGGUAAUGGCACAGUGGACUCAGAAUGGCCUGCCUGCGUAGGUUGCGCGGUGUUGGCUCGUAGCCUAACUGUUUUGAGAGAUACUGUUGGAACGGCACGACGAACUCGACAGUUCCCGACACCUACGAGCCAGACCUGA